CUCAGGAGGGAGCUAGGAUGGAGGUGGACGAGUUUCUCGGCAUGAGCCUGCGGAGGAUCCUCAGCAUCGUCAGAGCUGCAAACGGGGUCAAGGCACAGCAGGAGAGCAACGGCAACGUUCUUGUGCUGUAUGACGAGGAAGAGGAGGAGGAAGAAGGGGGGGUUGGAGGAGCUCGGGGCCCCUUCGACAGGCUCCAGCCGGAGAGGAUGAGGAGUAGCCCCGACAAGUUCGCGACGCAGAGCAAGGGGAGGAUAGGCUCCCUCUCCAGCAGUCUGCUCAUCAAGGACGGAGCGCAGCUGGACGACCCGCCCGACUGCCCGCGGCUGUCGGUGGCCCGGACGAGCUCGCAGGAGGUGGCGCGGCAGGUGGAGGAGAUCAUUGAAGGCCCUCCGCUCCUCCUCUCCGGCAAGAAGACAUGGAGCGCGAAGAAAGAAGAAGCAAGCGACAUCUCGCAGGAGAUGCUUGCUUGCCGCAAGGAUCGCUUCGGGCCUAACGGCGCUACCUGGAGGAUGACGACCGUUACAAGGAGUGCGAGCAGGAUGAAGGCGUGCGUGGCGUUUGACAAGGAGAUCGGACGACAUGCUCCAUGUUUGUCUCCCUCUCCUCAUCUCCAGUGAUGCCGUCCAUGUAGAAUAAACCAUCCACUACUCCCUG